CAAAGAAGUGGCACAUUAAUGAAGCGCCGCUCCGGGGGUCUUUUCUGCUCAUGUCACCACAUAAAACUAUCAGAUGGUUCGAGGAAGGCCAUGGAGGCAGGCACUUAGCUCACCUUAUCAAGCAAGAAGAGAGAGGGGAUCUCGUCUGUUCGUCUGACUCGGCAAGAGGAAGCUGCUCGCCAUUUGCUUAUAGGCUAAAGCCUACCUACAGCUCGUCUAAAGGGGCAGACUUGUUUUUUUUUAUUAUUAUUAUUAGUAUUUUUAAUUUUUUUUUUAUACGAGCGACAGCAGCGCAGCCUCACAUCCACAGCGAAUGCUGCAGCAUCGGACUCCCAACUUUCAGCGCUCUGAAACUUGGACAAGCGACACGCGGUAAACUGCUCCUUUUCUGCUCUUUUAUGCUCUUCCCUCGCUCUGAGAUUUGUUAAUAUCGACACUCAGGCCGUUCUCUGAAAAACAAGAGGAUGCCUCGCCCGGGCAGAAACACUUACAGCGACCAAAAACCUCCCUAUUCGUACAUCUCUCUCACGGCCAUGGCGAUCCAGAGCUGUCCCGAGAAGAUGCUGCCGCUUAGCGAGAUCUACAAAUUCAUCAUGGACCGCUUCCCGUACUACCGCGAGAAUACCCAGCGAUGGCAGAACUCACUGAGGCACAACCUGUCUUUCAACGACUGCUUCAUCAAGAUCCCGCGGCGGCCGGAUCAGCCGGGCAAGGGCAGCUUCUGGGCGCUGCACCCGAACUGCGGCGACAUGUUUGAGAACGGCAGCUUCCUACGGCGCCGCAAGCGCUUCAAGGUGCUCACGGCGGACCCGCUGGCACCGAGCAAGCCGUCGGAAGCUGCACAUUACCUGCAGCAGCAGCAUGCCAAGCUGCGUCUGAGCGCCCUGGCCGCCACAGGAGCGCACCUGCCACAUGUGCCCGCCUACAACCUGACCACACCUCCGCCGUCCACCUUCAAACACCCGUUCGCCAUUGAGAACAUCAUCGCGCGCGACUACAAGGUGCCGGGCGGCCUGGCCUUUUCCACUAUGCCCUCCAUGUCUGCCGGUUACCCGUUACACGGUCAGCUCGCCACAGCCUGGCCGCACGUGUAUGGCGCGGGAGCUCUUGAGAGCGCUGCGCCCAUUUCCGUGGCGAGCGAUUACGGCGCGUACGGCAUGCCUAUCAAGUCGCUGUGCCACGGAGCGCAGAGUUUGCCCGCCGUGCCAGUGCCCAUCAAGCCAAUGCCCCCGCACCUGCCCGCGUUUCUCUCGAACUCUCCGCAGUCUCUAAGCCCCACAUCCCCUCACACGGCAACCGGCCAAAGCAGUCCGGCCAACCCGAGCGACACGCUGAGCGGCCCGGCCACGCUGCAGUCAGUCGCCGUGCACUGACGCGGGCCAAAGCUGACGGAAAUUUUUCCGGGACAAGGAACUGGAGGCCUGUAGACAGCUUCACGGCUACGUCCGAAACCUCACACUACUGUACUAAAUACAGAAUAGUACGCCACUUGAGGUUUCUUAUCCAUUCAUAUAAUUGACUCAUGGAUUUAAUGCAGUUUUCACAACUCCAAUCUAAAGACUUUGCAUUUCUAAAAAAAAAAAAAAAAAAUGUCCCCAGUCUAUAUGAAUACAACAGGUUUUAGUUCACACAAAUGCACAGCUUUUCAUAAACGCAAAGUUGUGGUUGACAGGGUGAGGUGUUUGGGUUUGGUUUGUAUUUAUCGCUUUUACGCACCAGCUCAUCCUGCAGCUUCUCAGAAACAGGCGUGUUAUUCUUACCAUACCGCGUUCAGUACUGCAGUGCGCGGUGGAGGACGUAGCCAAACACCUUCUCCAAAGUUUCAUUUUUAUUUUAGCCCUUGAAAACGUUUACCACAAAGUUAGCCUACCGCUAUACAAUCAAGGCAAGAGCUAUAUCUGUGUUGCAGUGAUGUUAAUUUAUGUGUACGUGUUUUCCGAUUCUGUGUGUUGCUUUAAAUAGUUCUCGUCUGACCACACCGUACAGAUAGAGGCAUAUUUUAUAGUUUUUUUUUCCUCAAGAAAAAAAAAGAGUUUAACUCUGACAUUACCAGGAUCUUUUCUAAUUGGAAGGACGUUGGCAAAAAUUAAUAAUCUAAAAAAUAAUGCUGUCCUUCUAAUUUCAUAAUUGUAGUGUUAAUAAGGUCAUUAAUCAGGACACGAAGUUAAACUCACUUUGGUUUAUAUAUACAGGUAUAUUUGGUGUGAGCACCUUUGGCAAACUUUGCAACAACCUUUUAAAAUCUUAUGUCUGUUAUGUAAAGGCUUGCAGACGAAGGGAAACCUGAAAUGCUCUGAAGUGGAAAUAAGCCUGUUCCACUAAACAACAAAAUGAACAACAAAACUUUCUUAUUUUUCAUACCAAACUAUAUCACCGUUAGAUUUUACAUAUGGGUCUACACAUGUUGAAAACUUGAAAGCUACAUUUAAAAGGUGAGGUAAAGGCGUAUAUAUGUGAAUAAUUGCAAAUAAGUGAUAUAAAAUUGUGUUAAAUGAUGCACUUUUUAGUUCGAUGUUUUAGAUGAUCUCUAUUUUACAGGAGAUGUUUUGUGGAGCAUUUAAUUUAAAGCCGUGGUGACCAUGUGUAUUAAAUGCCGUAAAUUUGUAAACUUUUUUUAUGUUCAGAUGUAAAGCAUGCAUUUUCGAAACUUUGUGUUGUUUUGCUGCAAGCAUGCGAGCUUUUAAAGAAGUGUGCAAAACGUCUGCAUUAAAUUAUAAACUUGGUCAUCAGAAUAUUUUUCCAUUAAAAUGAUGCAAACCAUAAACAUU